AAGAAGAAUAAAAGGAGGAAGAAGAAGAAAGAAUAGAAAGGGAAGAGGAGGGUAUUAUAUUUUGACCUCAGGAUGGAGAUAGUUUUCUUCUUGUAUCAUUUUUCCUUAAAACUCUCCCUUCCCUCCUCCUUUUAGAAACUUUUUGCGGGAACCCACCGACGCCGACGAACACGACGCCGGCGAGUUUUCCCCGCUUUUUUUAACCAUGCUCCUGAGCCCAGGUUUUGUACAGUAUUAUCAUUUCCUAAUUUAGGCGCGCGUACCCAUGCAUUGUGUAAUAUUUUUCAUAACAACUAAAACAGGCAAUGCGUUGGUGGCAGAACGCGUUUUCAUCUUCAACAUCCUCAUCAUCACCCUCCUCUUCAUCCUCUUUAUCAUCCAAAGUACACUCUGACGAUAGCCUUAUUACCUCCUCCGGUGGAGGAGGCAUUCGUUACACAUUAAAAUCCGCUUUUUUCUUCGCCCGCAGACGCCGUCACGCACGUGCAAAAAAACUCCAGAACCUCGCGGAGAAUGACGUCGAUGACUGGCGUUCGCACUAUUCAGAAAACGAGAAUUUGUCGUCGUCCAAAUGUUCUUCCUCCUCCGACCGUCGUCCGCCUCCGCAACCUUUGCCUUUGCCGGAACUCCAGCUGUUGCUCCGCCACGACGCCGACGCUGCGGUUUCGAAUGAACCCAGCGUUCCGUUGCCGUCCCCCACAGACGCGCAUAAUUCGCAUCAUAAAACUGGAGAGGAAAGAGAUAAGGAUACACAUAAGGAUGGUGUAGCCCAUGGGAGCAGAUUAUCAAGCCAAGAUGCUCGAAAGAAGAUAAAGGAGCACUUGGGAAGUCGAUUGUCUAAGAAGACACCUCAGAAGCUGCAUGUUACUGAUAGAGUCUCUGAUAUCAGGAUCAGCGCGCCCAUUAGUGCUCCUACCACUCCUUAUGCAAGUCCUGGACUCAGCCCGCUCAAAGCUGAGGAUUUUUUAAGUCCCAAUUGCAUGGCAUUCCCUGGUGCUUUUCAAGUUUGUUCUGCCCCAGAGAUGCCUCCAUCAGACACCCCUCAUUAUCCAGGUUUCUCUUACAAAGUUAUUCCGGAGAAAAAUGCUUUUAGUGUUGAUAAUUCUCCUCAUCAGAGUCCAAGAACAAGUCCUCAGAGGUAUAGAAAGAUCGCAAGUGGAUCAACAUCGCCUUUGCAUAACUUAUUACCAAACGAGAGCUCAGCAGCACGCCGUGAGUGUAGUGCUCAGGGUAAUGUCCAUCCACUACCACUUCCUCCUUUAGGUGCCACUCCAUCACAGCAGCCUACGGCAAUUCCACCAGUUUCCCCUAACGCAGAGCUGACGCCAAUCAAAGGCCAAUGGCAAAAAGGGAAGCUUAUUGGGCGUGGGACAUUUGGAAGUGUAUAUGUUGCAUCAAACAGAGAGACUGGAGCUUUAUGUGCGAUGAAAGAAGUUGAAUUAUUACCGGAUGACCCGAAAUCUGCUGAGAGCAUAAGGCAGUUACAGCAGGAAAUUAAUGUUCUCAGUCAACUCAAGCACCCAAAUAUUGUCCAGUAUUACGGCAGCGAAAUAGUUGGUGACCGAUUUUACAUUUAUCUGGAAUACGUUCAUCCUGGUUCUAUCAAUAAAUUCAUCCAUGACCAUUGUGGAGCAAUUACAGAAUCCAUAGUACGGAAUUUCACUCGCCAUAUUCUUUGUGGAUUGGCUUACUUGCAUAGCAAAAAAACCAUUCACAGGGACAUAAAAGGGGCAAAUUUGCUUGUUGAUGCUUAUGGGGUUGUGAAGCUUGCAGAUUUUGGGAUGGCUAAGCAUCUUAACGGGCAAGCAGCUAAUCUCUCCUUGAAGGGAAGUCCUUACUGGAUGGCUCCUGAGCUCUUGCAGUCAGUUAUGCAGAAGGAUACUAACAGUGAUCUCGCCUUUGCUACUGACAUAUGGAGUUUGGGUUGUACAGUAAUUGAAAUGCUGAAUGGCAAACCACCUUGGAGUGAAUAUGAAGCAGCUGCAGCCAUGUUCAAGGUUCUAAAAGAUACGCCUCCGAUACCGGAAACAUUAUCACCUGAAGGAAAAGAUUUCCUGCGCUGGUGUUUCUGUAGGAACCCAGCGGAGAGGCCCUCGGCCAGCAUGUUAUUAGAACAUCGAUUUAUGAGAAUCUCUCAUCAGCCAGAUGUUCCUUCUUUCCUCAAACCAGUUGGUGGGGUACGAAUCAAAGUAAGAAAAGUUGAAUUCUCAAAAAGAGCAGACAACAUACAAUCUUGACCAAGGGCGUUUAUCUCUAGAGAGGUAGCUCUCGAAAGAACUGUCAAUGAAGUGAAAAUUAGAUUCCAAAUGGUGGAAUACUUAGGCUAAGACAUCCUUGAUAUGGGCAUUUCUUCAUGCCUGGACACUUAAUCUAUAUGUGCAAUUGGGAUAGGCCAGCUGUGCGUCAUCGAUUCUAAUGGAGCCCCAUCAUUUCGCUAGUUCAACUCCUAUGGCCCUGUCCCCAGUUAAUUCACACCCUGCUCGAUGUAUUGAUGUUAGCACUAUUGCAAAUGUAACUCAUUGCCAAAACCUGGUGCAAUUACGAAACCUCAACUGAUUUUGAGAUGGAAGUAGCAAGACAUACUUUUGGUGUCGCUUUCCAUGAGAAGCUGGAUUUGUGAAUACAAUGGAGACCUUUAUACACGUGCUCUGUAGAUAGCUUGCAGGCGAAAAGCGAGUUGGAGCCAGUGGGUACUCCGUCUUGUUGUCAAUAUGUUACACCUUGAGAGGAACAUAGUUUUAUCGUCCAGGGAUUUUUUUUUUCCUGCAGACCUUGGAGUUUAGAAGUAGGUUUUCUGUAAUGACUUCCAAAGGAGGAGCUUCAACAACAAUCAAAAGAAAAUGAAAUGCUUUGACCAUUUAUACAAUUCAUUAUUGAAUCUCG